AUGGCCGACAACGAAAAGAACCCUGCAACUGGAUAUUAUGAAACCAACGGCGCUAGUCCUAACGAAUGGAGCCUACGAAAUGUCCUGCCAGAUACCGACAAGCCGUGGUACAAACAACGUCAUCUGGUACUUCUCAAUCUCGGGAUGAUAAUUCCAUACUUAUCAUCGACAACCAAUGGAUAUGACGGGUCUAUGCUUAACGGUCUGCAAUCCAUGAGUCAGUGGCAGCACUUCUUCGACUCACCUACUGGCACUCGACUCGGUUCCCUCUCUAACGGAGUAAUCUUCGGCCAGAUUCUAGCAUUUCCGAUCGCGCCGUGGCUAUGUGAUCAUACUGGUCGCCGAUUCCCCAUCUUUUUUGGAUCCCUUCUUCUGGUGAUUGGUUCUGUUUUGCAAUGCGCUGCGCAAAAUUAUGCUAUGUUCCUAGUCUCUCGGAUGAUCAUUGGCUUUGGGGGUUUGAUUGCCGUCGAGGCAUCCCCGAUGCUAGUCAGCGAAUUGGCCUUCCCGACACACCGCCCCGUUCUGGUCGGAUAUUACAACAACCUGUGGUAUCUAGGAGCAUUGCUCGCUGCUUGGGUUACUUAUGGUACCUACUUCAUGGGCCCGGAUGCAACAUGGGCCUGGCGCAUUCCAUCACUACUACAAGGCUUCUUCCCUCUUCUUCAAGUCAUUUUCGUAUAUCUACUUCCGGAGUCACCGAGAUAUCUAGUACAGAAGGACCGCUAUGAAGAUGCUCGAAAGGUUUUGACAAAAUACCACGCCGGUGGAGAUUCGAAUUCUCCUCUUGUUGAUUUCGAGAUGAAAGAAAUCAUUCUGCAGAUUCAAACUGCCAAGCUUGCUUCUAGAGCCGGGUACCGCGAAUUUCUGAGUACUCGAGGGAAUCUCCACCGUCUUUUCAUCAUCAUUUCCGUGCCUUGCAUGAUGCAGCUUUCAGGAAACGGCUUGAUUGCUUACUAUCUACACCUUAUAUUGAACUCUAUUGGAUUCACCUCCGACCCACAGCAAUUGCGUAUCAACGGUGGCCUAAUGGUCUUCAACCUUGGGAUCUCCAUCAUUCUGGCAUCCCUCAUGGAGAUAGCCGGAAGGCGACGACUGUUUCUCUUUUCCACAAUUGGCAUGCUGAUCUGUUAUGUCGUUUGGACCAUACUCUCAGCGAUCAACGAACAGCGAGACUUCAAAGAUAACUCGCUUGGCACCGGUGUCGUUGUGAUGAUAUUCUUCUACCAGCUGUUCUACAAUGCUGGUCUGAAUGGACCGCCAUGGGUGUAUGUCACCGAAGUACUUCCAACUCAUCUCCGUGCCAAAGGGACAAAUAUCAUGCAGAUUGCUUCUACCUGUGUGCUGAUAUUCAAUGGGUAUGCUAAUCCUGUGGCGAUGGAUGCAAUCAGUUGGAGAUAUUACAUUGUUUAUUGCUGUGUCAUCGCCAUUGAGAUUGCAAUUGUAUAUUUCGGGUUUCCCGAGACAAAGGGUCAUAGUUUGGAAGAAGUGGCUUUGAUAUUUGAUGGGGAAGAAGCAUUUGGCGACCGAACGAAGGGUUAG